AUAGAGAUUCCAGACAGUAGUGCAAACAGCGUCGCCGUGAGUGUAGUUGAUAUGCAUAACGCAUGAGAAUCAGAAUAAUAGUGCUAUAAAUGACAGUUCGGCGACGUUUCUGUUUCGAUACAAAACAGUGGUAAUGUACAGUCGUCAAAACAAGACGACUGUAACUAUUUUGAGGUGAAGUUCAUAUAAACCGUCAAAGUGUUUCGUUUCGGUGAUAGAUACCAGUGGUACAAAGUGUACGAACACGAGGACAGUGUGGAUUCAUCGCCUGGUCGCCCUUUACCGGGCAUGGCAGCCACGACAUAUCUUCCGGCAAGUAGUGCUGUGUCCGAAAUAGACGGUAGCGUUGUCGGUAUGAAUAUCGUCGGUGGCUAUCACGCUAGUGCCUCGCCUCGAUCAGCGGCGGACGCUAGUGAAAUGAAGUACCUGCCUCAGCACCACCACAAUCACCAUCACCACAUGACCAGUUCGCCCUCGCCAGGAAGUCAUGCGGCAAUAUCGCUUUCCGCCACCAACCCCUGGGUCAGUAGCUUACAACCGGGAUCCGACCCUUGGGCAGCUUCCAUGGCGGGGAUGCACCAUGCCCAUCACCACCACCCUCACCAAGACGUUAAACCCUUAACGCAGCAAGCCGACAUGAUGCAUCAUCGGCAACAACAGCAACAAUCGAUGGGUUCGCCUCAUUGGCACGCACCAGUGUCAUCAGCCCAUUACAACCCUGGUGGAGCGGGUUCACCAUUACAGCAAUACCAUGCCGCCAUGAAUGGUAUGCUAGCACAUCACCAAUCACCUCAAUUACACCAUCCCCUGCAUAGAGACAUGCAAAGUCCUCAUCAGCCGCAUCAUCAAGACCGCGAUGUCAGUGGUGGUGAAGACGAAACUCCCACGAGCGACGAUCUAGAAGCCUUCGCGAAGCAGUUCAAACAAAGACGAAUAAAGUUAGGUUUUACACAGGCCGAUGUUGGUUUAGCGUUAGGAACCUUGUACGGCAACGUUUUCUCGCAAACCACGAUAUGCAGGUUUGAAGCGUUGCAACUGAGCUUCAAAAACAUGUGCAAACUGAAACCCUUACUGCAGAAAUGGUUGGAAGAGGCAGAUUCAACGACAGGUUCACCAACGUCGAUUGAUAAGAUAGCAGCACAAGGUAGAAAAAGAAAAAAACGUACUAGUAUAGAGGUAUCAGUGAAGGGUGCGUUAGAGCAACAUUUCCACAAGCAACCCAAACCUUCAGCUCAAGAAAUAUCAUCGCUAGCAGAUAGUUUACAGUUAGAGAAAGAAGUAGUGAGAGUUUGGUUCUGUAAUAGGAGGCAGAAAGAGAAGAGGAUGACACCACCAAAUACCUUAGGUGGAGAGAUGAUGGAGGGUAUGCCUCCGGGUGGUCACAUGCACCCCGGCUACGGCCAUCAUCCAGACAUGCAUGGAUCUCCAAUGGGUCAACAUUCACAUUCCCACAGUCCACCUAUCUUAUCCCCCCAAGGGAUGGGCCAUCAGUUAACAGCCCACUAGCACACAAACCACUGGGCCUCCAUUCUCCAGCGUAGCGAGAACGGUUAGUGAUUUUCUAGCAAAAACGCCAAGAACUCAAAAUCCAAGUGCGCAUGAAAAGUCACUCUAACGUCUUCCGACGGACUCUGUUUUAAAUGCUACCUCAACAAUUUGAUUUUACGUCGCGCACGGAGGUUCUAGUGGUCUUCUUUUAGUUAAGGACAGAAAUAAAUUCAAGACUCUGUUGAAUCACUGAUUGUGACACAAGUGCGUUCAAUUCUCGAGUAAAGGCAAGUCUUUGGGUAAGACGUUGAUUAGAUUAGCUGAAAAUUACAUUGCUAGAGAUAUUCUGCAAACUCCGAAUCGAGUUUUUUCUCAUUUUAUUGUCUUAACGUAGAUAUAUUUCGUUUUGAAUCUUAAAAAACUCAUAUUGAGUUGUCGAGUCAUCUAGAUAAAUUAUCCGAUAACGUUUCAAAUUGAGACUUCUUGUGUUACAAUCAGGGCAGAUUAACCGCUGUGAGUACCCUGUCGUUCAGCACCCUUCACGUUCAGAACUCAAGACUCACCUAGUCGUACAUAAUUGUAAAUUAGUUGUAAAUAAGAAGAGUGAUAAUAUGCUGUCUCAGCAGGUGUAAUAUAUUGAUAUUUUAGAUGCCUACAUUUGUAAAUGAAAUUCGAACACAGGGACUGUCGUCGAUUUAUAUUGUUUCAUUUAUUCGAGUGACGAUUGUCAUGUAAAUAUUGAAAUUUUAGUUUUUGUCCAUUUUCGUUAUUUAUUUUUUCGGCUGUUUGAGAGGGAUUACCGAAAUACUUCAGUUCAAACUUGAUAUCAAUCCAAUCACAAUAUCCACGAUCACUGAUUGCAAUUUCCAAAAAUUGACAUUUAUAUCGAAUAACAUAAAUGAUAUGACAUAUAAAUGACUUAUUUAUAUUCAUUUUUUAUUCCUGUACUUCAUAUAUAACUGUUGAAAAGCAAUCUAGGAUAAUGUUGAGGAUUACAUGUUUGUUGUUUUUAAUGUCAUGGCAAAAAACAGAUGAAAUAUUCGAAGCUGAAUCAAAAAGACGGACGGACAUAUAAAAAACAUGAUUGAUAAAUUUCAAUGUCAGCAAUAUAAUUAACUGAAAGAUUUAAAAAUUGAGUUUUUUUCACACGUUGUUUCUUACUCAUAAGAUUGUUUUCGAAUAUUUCUUUGAGAACUUAUUUUGACAAAUAUUAACGGAUUUUAGCGUCAUUCCAUGUAAAAGUGAUAGGUGAAAUGUUUUCAGGUUUUUGUCAUUUUUGGGGAUUAUUUCGAAUUUCUCAGAAAAAGAUCAGACAUCCAUGUCGAUGGAGUUUAUUUUUUAUACUCGAAUAUUCAACUUGAAACCGGCGACAGCCUCAACUUGUAUAUAAAUGUCAAACAUGGCUGCGUAGAGGCAGUCAUACGUGAUUUUUACUUAAAAAAACUAUUUCCGAAUCAGUAAGAAACGAAGAAAUCUAAACUGUAUGGUAAAUAUUGUAAAAUUGUCGUAUAUAUAAAUAUAUAUUAUAUAUUUGAAUGAAACAUACACAAAAUUGUUUACGUUGACAUAUAUUUUUUUUAUUAGUGACGUGAUUAUUGACACUUAUGUGACUUUUGUUAAUUUCGAAUAAUUCAUAUUGGAAUGAAGGAGUACCCGUACUGUCUAAUGAAAAAUUAUUUUCAAGAGUUUUGUUAAUAAAUUGAAGUGUACAUAUUUAUUAUUAUUAUUAUAAUAUUAUAUAUCGUUGUACGGUGUGACAAAAAUUAAAUUGAAAAUGU